AUGGCAACUUCAUGCAAUAAAUCAACGUUGGAAACAUUUCCAGAUGAAAUUCUAUUAGAAUUCUGUAAAUAUUUAUUAUGUACUGAUAUUCUUAUAUCUUUUACUGGACUUAACUAUCGAAUAACACAAAUGAUCACUCAAUAUCGACGAGAUGUUUCAUUACAUAAAACAUCUCUUUCAAAAAGUACUUAUUUAUGUAUAAAUAUUCUUCCUCAAAUUGGUUCUCAGGUUCGUUCAUUACUAAUUGAUUGUUGUUAUUCUGUGUUACAAGAUGAGUUAUUUAUCAAAUGUUUUGGUCAAAAAAUGUCAAUAACAUUUCCUAAAUUGGAAAGAAUCAGUCUUGUUUCAUAUGAAGACAAUCAAUUAAUUGCUCUUCUUGAUAGUCUACAUGAUUUAAAUAAUCUUGUUGAGAUUCGUUUAUAUGGUCUCUUUGAUAUUUCCGAAACCAAUCAAUCAACAGUCGUUCGAUCAUUGUUUCAAGCAAAUAAUCAUCGACUCACGACAAUACUACUCGAUGAUCAAUCAACGUUUUUAUCUUUUCACCAGAAUGAUUCUUACGUGAAUAUUAUUCGGCUAAAAGAACAAUGUCCGCUACCGCAUAUUCCAAAAUUAUCUCGACUCCUUAAAGUACGCUUUUAUGGAUCAAUACCUUCUGAUCUGAACCAUUUUUCAUUUGUUCUUAAUGCUGCAUCUAAUCUUGUUCGCUUGGACUUACCUUUUGAGUUCUUAUGGCAGUUAAUCGAGGAUCAACAAAUUCGUCAUGUUCUUGGACAACGUAUUACUUCACUUUUCAUUCUCGGAAAUGCAACGAAUCAGUCAUCAGUAACAUUCAAUGAAGAACACGUACCUAUCAUUGCUUCUACAUUCUUUCGAGUUCAUCUUUUAUAUGCCAAUUUAAUACAUUUACCACACAGCCCCAUAGCAAUUCCCAAUGAUAAUAUUAUUGAAGAUUCUACAGUAGAAAGCUUACCCGUCCAUGCAUGUCAACAAAAGCAUGAAGUCGUAUCACCAUGUUCAAGUGAAUCAAUGGUAAUAUGUUUGCUGAAAGAAUUCAAAGAACAUAGACUAAUUGGCUUAGGUAUUAGUGGAGAUUUUUUUGAAAAAUUAAAAACAGAUACAAAACAAUGGUUACAACAUCAUACCAUUCUUUGUGAGCAACAAUUUGAAGCUGUUUUUAACAAUAAUAUACGUCAAAUACUCAUUUGGAUGUCAUAA